AAAACUUGACUUUUGGUGCAAACUGUGCCACAAACGAUCUGCUUCCAGGAUGUGGUCUGAAGAGAAGCUACAGAGUUCCUAUAUGUGAAGCACAUUUGAAGAGCACACCCCAGCCACAAACAAGCUUACGGUGCACAAGAUUCUACGGGUAAAACAUUAUGAACAUAAGUAUCGGACAAUAGAUAAGCAUCAUGUCUAUGCAAGGUGGCAUAGCAAUCUAUCCCUCGGGAGUCAAUGAUUCAGACAACAAUCAAAGCACAUGCAGGAUACAUCCUGAAGAAAGCAAUGAAACCAUCUUGCCUUGGCUCUAUCUCUUUUUGGCUGUCCUGGGCCUUCCAACCAAUGGAAUAGUCUUGGUGGAUCUUUGGAGAUCAGAGAGGACACCCACUGCCAUCUUCACUUUGAAUAUAAUUGUGUCAGACCUGCUGAUUUGCUGCAGUUUUUUCUUCAGGAUAGCCUACUACAAAGAGAACAUCAAUUGGCUAUCUGGAUCUCCAGCCUGCAAUGCAGUGGAAAUGAUAAAUUUUUCUUGCUUCUACAUUAACCUCUAUUGCAACAUGAGCUUUCUUUUGUGGACCAGCAUCAAUCGCUACGCCACGGUGGUGAAACCAGGCUACGCAUUCUUUCGGAUCUUUAAACGUACUCUGUCUAGUUGGAUCCUCUGCUUUUCUACCUGGUUGAUUAUCACCACAGUCGUCAGCACGAGCAUGGGACUUAAACUGAGUCUACAAAUCAACGGGACCUGCUUUGACCAAGUUGUCAACAGUUACAUUCUUUAUCGAGAUCAAUUCAAAACUAUACACUGUGUUGGCGUUUCAGCAUUCUUCUCCAUUUUGUGCCUGAUGUUGGUCAGCUAUAGCCUGCUGGUCUUCCAUCUGCAGAAGGUGAGGGGAGCUAGAUUUGGACCCGGAGGAACUCUAAAGGUUCGCAGAAAGAUCCUGGCCUCAGUCAUAAUGUUUGUCCUAUGCUUCCUACCCUACCAUGUGCAAAGAAUCAUCUUAUUAACAUCAGAUAAUGAAAACUGUCAAGCAAAGUACAGGAUAAAAACAAGCACCAUCUUCAUUGCAGCUCUUAGCUGUUGUCUGCAUCCCAUCCUUCAGCUGGUGUUUCGUUUGCGCUGCUGUCGGGCAAAUCGCAACACCAGGGUCAAACCCAAACCUGAAGCCUCCAAGAGCCUGGAGACACCUCAGAUACAUACUAUACAUGUGACCGAAAACAUUGAAGAACCGCAGAAAAAUGGAACUUAAUUAAGCCACGAACCAAAGAAAAAUGAAACUGAAUGAGGCCAGCAACCAACACAGUUCUGAAGAAAUUGGUUGCAACUUUUGUAUUUCCUGUGUGAUGCAUUCAGCAAACUGUGAAACACGCUAACCUCAGGGAGCUGUGUUAUUACAACCUAUACUAAUGGACAAAACCAAACUUGCGGGCAAUUCACAUGGUACAAUGGUGCAGAGUAUACAUACUAAAACAUUCCUUGUUGGCUAUGGUGGAGCAACCUUCUUGGUUUCAAUGGCAACUAAACUUUUAUUUCAGUAAGGCUGAAAUUGUGUUUAUAUUCUGCAUGUAAUAAAGUCAGAAUUGCGAGAUAUAAACAUCCUUUGCAGGGAGUAUGAUUGACAGGCGAUCUGACCAAUCAUAAUCCGCCAUUUUGUCCGACAAAGCAGUCAGGAGCGUUAGUCGAUUAACAGUGGAGGAUUUGAACUUGACGCUAGACUAAAUGAGUUUAUAUCUUAAAAUUGUGACUUUACAACAUACAAUUGUGACUUUAUAUCACGUAGUUCUGACUUUAUAACUCGCAAUUGUGACAUUAUAUCACACAAUUCUGACUUGCAAUAUGCAAAAUGUCUGAAAAAAGUCAAAAUUGUGAGAUAAAAAUGCACAACUACCUUUUUUAUUGCUUGCGUAUGCUUUUAAAAAAAUAUUUUUAGUAAUAAAUAUUGCAGGCACAUAAUAUAUACUUUGAAUGGUCAAAAUGCAUCUUUAAAAUAAAUGAAUAUAAGUAUCAAAGUGAUUUUAGCACUUGUUUUGAAUAGUCCUUCAUCUGUAAUGUGUCUACACAACCUCAAGGGGUCGUGAGGGGACCAUUAAAAAUCCUCCACAGGUCUUUUGGUAAGAAGGCCAGUUUACAGUAGGGCUUCCUCUUAGGCUAAAAAAAAAACGUUACAGUACAGUAUAUGACAGUUAAAAAACCUAUAUAUCAACUAGAGGUGAAAAAAAGUUCAGAUGAUACCAAAAGGACUUGUAUUCCUGCAAGUUAUGCAAAUUAACAAUUCUAUAAAAAUUGGAUUUUAUGAGCUACUUCAUAAAGAAAUGAUUAAAUAAUAAAAAGCGCCUUUUAGACUCAAAGCAGAAUUUCUACAAUCAAAGGCAAGUGUCUCUGUGAGGAAAAGAGAACUGAGAACAUAAUUUGAGCUCAGACUGUCACUUCCUUUAGACAGCGAGUCUAGGGAGGUGCAGUUCACAUACGCUUGUUAAACAGAUCAGUGACUGCAUAAAUAGAGGGGUAAGUGUGUUACAUUGCUUACAGUAUGUAUUCUAUUCUUACUUGUAAAAUGUUUGACUAAUUAUUUGAUUAAAAUAUUUUUUCCCUUCAUUGAAAGUUUCUAAUAAUCUACUCAAUUAACAGUAAUUAACAUUCAUUAUUUGAGCCUCAGUUAGGGCUAUAUAAAUGCCUCAUUCAUUCAUGGACUAAAUUAUCAUGAUACAAUUUUUCAUAUCAGUCGAUAUCGAUAAUUAGCACAAUAAAUUGUUAAAAGGCAGAUUGUUGCUCUAAUGUGAAUAUUGUAGAAACCAGUUGAUGUUUUAAA